AUCAAAUCAGCUCUAUUACCUCUCUCACAACUUUACAUUCAAACUUAUUAAAAUGAUGUUCCGUGCUACCAUAGUCUUCUCCGUUGUCUGCGCUAUGACUGCUGCCUUCGUUUCUGCUGCUCCUUUCUUCGAACACCAUGAAGAACACCGCCACAAUGAUCACCGCAAUGACCACCACAAUGAUCACCACAAGAAGCCCCAUGGCGUGAACACUGGCGGUGAUGCUGGUCUUAUCAACAUUAACCCUGGCAAGCACUUGCUCAUUGACGAUAUCAAGGUUGACCAUUCCCUCAACCACGUUAUCGAUCUCGAUAUCAUCAAACUUGAAGAAGUUCUUAAGAACGUUGACAUUCUCAGUGGUAACGGUGCUCACCAUGAGGACGGCCGCCACGAUGAUAUCCAUCACGAAGACGUCCACCGCGUUGACUACUAUGAAGAAGAUGAUCACAACGACGACCACCACGAUGAUGAAGACUGUUAAUCAAUUUCCCCCUUCAUACCUUUUUUUGUUGUUGUAUUGACAUAGAUUGUCAUUUUACAUCGUAUAAAACAUCUCUACCAUAUAGACACAUUCUUUUGAAAAAAAAAAGCAUUUACUACAAGUAUCAUAUUCAGUAACAUUUUUGAAAAUCUAUUACUUUGCAUUACAAUAAAAACUCAACUUCAUACCAUAAGUCAUG